CCCCGCCCCCACCGGCCUCUGCCUCCGGAGUGCGCGGCCGGCCCGUUCGCGAUGAGGCGUGACACCGUUGGCUCUCCCGGGCAGUCACACAUCCCCAGCCGGGGCCCGCCAGCUCGGCAGUUGCUUCUCUAGUUCGGACGUCCUCUGUCCCCAUGGAGCCACAGCCGUAGCCAUGGCGACGCGGGUCGAGGUCGGCUCUGUCACUUCCCUGACAGGAGUGCCAGGCCUCAGCGAGAUCGCCCAGGAGGAGACCCUCAAGCGGACCUACUUCCGCCAGGCCGGCGACGCCCCCGGGGCACCCUCCCCGCUGCUCUUGGAAGGAAAGAGCCCCCUCAGGAGCCCGGCCCGCUUACUCCCGCUGCCCAGACUGGCCCCCAAACCCUUCUGCAGGGAGAAGGUCCUGGACGUGAACCCCCCUGUCCCAUCCCUGGGGCCCGGCCCAAGCAGCCCAUCCCCCUGCGGGCGCGCCCAGGACGUGGAGGCAAAGGAAGUGGGCGAGAGGAUGCCCGGGCUGGUGGGGCAGGAGGCGAGGAAGGGCGGCGAAGGCCUGAGGAGCUCGUCUGUGUUCAGCAAGGCUGCCUUCCCGCGGCCCCGACCCAACUCCAUGAUCCUCUUUGAAACCACCCAAGCCGGCCCCACCCUGGGGAAGGGUUCCAGCGAGGGGAGUCGGGGGGCCACCGCGGGUGUGUCUCAGGAGCCCGCGCUUGGCUCCCGGCCCGAGGUGGCCGCCAAGCCCGCCCUGCCCGCCCGAAAGCCUGGGACGCUUCCCCGACCGGCCUCCCUGCCGCAGGACGCCAGGCCGGCUGCCCCCCAAGAGGGGAGAGGCCCGAACGAGCCUGUCUCAGAGGCCGGCCGUGUGGAGGACGCGGGUGACCUCGCUCUGGAGCCCAGGCCUCUCCUGAGGAGAAGGCCCGUGUCGGCCAUUUUCAUCGCAUCCGCUGAGCCUCAGAAGCCAGGCCCCGGCGGGGCGGCCACGGUGGCGGGGAAAGCGCCCCCCACUCCGCCUGAGAAGACGUGGGUGAGGAAGCCCAGGCCCCUGUCCGUGGACCUCACGGCCCGGUUUGAGUGCAGAGAGGCCUUGCUGAAGAAGGUGGCUGAAGAGGCCUCUGCGGGUUCCACUGCCCAGGGUCGGGGGCCCGAGAGGUCCGACCCGGAGCCCAGAGUGGACGGGGCGUGUGUGGCGAAAGCAAACCCCCGCCUUCACGAUCCAGACUCGGACUUCCCAGAGGUAGCCAGGAAGGCCCGAGAACAGAGGGAGAAGGUGCUUUGUAAGCCGGCGGAGACCGGCAGCCUCAGGGCUGCGGGGGGCUCAGCCAGGGGUGCCCCCCCGGAUGACCAGCACCCCGAGGGGGAGAAAGGGAAGCUGCUCAGGGAGCCCGAGAAGCUGCCCCCGACCCCCUCCCCCAGGCCGGGAAAGGACCAAGAGUUUGCCGAGGUCAAGAGCAAAGCAGGGGACUACGGGGAAAGCCGGCCGGAGGGAGGACCGACCCUCAGGGGCAGCGUCAAGAAGCGCGUCAGCCUGUUUGGGGAGGAGAGCAUUUUGGCUUUGGCCGCAGAAUCCGAACCCCCGGCGGCCACCCGUGAACCCCCGCCGGCUGCCCCACAGCCUGAGAAAGUGGCCGUGAGCGUCCAGGAGCGGAUCAAAGGCUGGGCCGCUGAGAGCUCGGACGCAAAGCCAGAAAUCAGGAGGAAGACCUUCCAGGCACGGCCGCUGUCGGCGGAUCUGACCAGACUGUUUUCAAGUCCAGCUUCAAGCAAUGAAGUCCGAUAUGAGAAGUGUUCUGAGCUAAGUGGUGAGUUUGCUAAGGACCCAGGAGAAAAGCCAAAGGAAGGGCAUGGUGUGGUUGGAGCCUCCGUCCCAAGAAGUUCCUGGAAGCCUGGAACACUCCGGGAGAAGUCCACGCAGACAGAGCGGAAGGACAGUCCUAACCAAGUACCUGGCAGCUACUGGGGUGAAAGCUCAGCGGGGGCUCUGAGCCCCUCUGACAACACCCCAGAAGACGAUGGAAGUUUCCAGACCGUGUGGGCCACAGUGUUUGAGCAGCAUGUGGAGAGACACACGGUGGCUGACCAGUCAGGACGCUGUCCCUCGGCCACGGCCCCCAGAGAUGUGGCUGAUGCCGGUGUCUCAGAGCUCAGACCCAGGCGCGAGAGAAGCUCCUGGCCGGGGAAGGACCCCCCUGUAAAGACAACUGUCAAGAAUCAGAGCUCCAGAGGGUUUGAAAAGCCUGAUGCAGAGAAAUGGGGCCGGACUGCCCUUUCCAACGGUGAACCCAAACAGUAUCACCUACCCCUCCGGGAAGAAUACCCUCUGGACGAAAAACACAAUAAAAACCCCUUCAUCCAAUGUUCUGGAAACCCUCCCCCAUCCCGGAGGGUGGAGCCCAAGUACGACAUCAUGCACACCGUGGGCAAGCGAGCUCACAGCGAGGCCGUCCCCAUGGCGUCGGAGGAAAAAGCCACGACCCUGCGAAGCGGCAGGUCUCGGCUCUCACCAAAGGGACAGCAGCCGCAUGAGGUCGCCCCUGCAGAGCCAGAGUGCAGGCUGGAAGGUCAGGUGGGGUCCGUCCAAAGGGCCAGUUUGAUUUGGGAAGCUCGAGGGACUCAUGAGGCCGGUGAGCCAAGGCCUGACUUCCGGGAGCCAAAAGACACAUUUGGGGGCAAUUGCCUGUCACCCAAAUGGACAGGUGGGGUGACCUUGAACUGGCAUAAAGCCACCAUGGUGGCCAGUGAAGAGAAGGGCUGGGAACUGAGCCCCGAGGUCAACAGCGAGUGCUCAGCCAGGUCGUGCGGCUCCACUGCCCCCUCUGGGAAGGCCAUCCAGGCGGCCGGCUGGGAGGCCCCGCUCGAGGGGCACAAUGGGGCCAGAAGCAAGUCAGGAGGCUGCAGCUCAGCAGGAGAAAAAGGCGCCCCCUGGGGGUACCCCCUGGACCCUCCCUCUAGGGCUAAGGACGAGCCCUCUGACUUCCGAGCCCGGCCACAUCCAGAAGCGCUGGUGCAGAAAGGGUCCCUCGUUGAGGCUGCUGGAGACUGUGAGCCCAGGCCCGCCAGGGCACCAGAGCCUGAAGUCAGGAUGCGGAGGGUGGGUCCCACGGACCAGAGAUUUGAGAAGUGGCGCCGGAGGACAUUGCCGCAUGACGUGAAGUUUGAUGAGUUCCUGGCCCCAGAAAACGCCUCAAAGGUGGAGCAGAGACGAACAGACCAUUUGAGCCCCACCGUCAGUGCCUUAAGAAAACCUCAGCUCUCCCACAAUAGGGUGGAGAUCCAGGAGGUGAACCCAAGUGCUUCACAGGACUGGACUCGCCCAGCAGUGAAGCAAGGGUCCUCUCUGGAACCCAAGGCGACAUUUUUUGCAGUGACAUACCAGAUUCCUGAUACCCAAAAAGCAAAAAGUAUCAUUAAGUUGGGGCCCGAGAACUUGACGGAACAUUCUAGAAAACCAACACCGCCUCCAUCUCCUCAUCCUCGAACACCUACGCUGGUGUCUCUUAACCAUGAAGAGCCACCGGAAGGCCAGGGCAGUCAAAUCUUGACUAAGGGCAGAGAGCACGACCAUAUAAGCUUUUCAAAGGCUCCGAAGCCAACAGACCGCCCGUCAUCUCUUGGAGACAGGAUUCUGGAUCCUUCCAGUGAAAGAGUCACGGAUGCCGACGCCUUGUGGAUUCAUCGGGGACCAGAAGACGGCACCUGUUUUCAGAGCAGUUGGAAGGGUCGUGGGAACCAGACAUCCCCCAGCAGCGCUCCCAAAAUGCCCCCGGCUUCCAGAACUCACCCAGAAGCCAACGAUCUCCUCGCCAGAAGGGACACUGAGGUGGUGAGGGCGAGGUCCCCAGGUAAAAUCAAAGAUGGCUACAGAUCCAGCGUUCUUGACAUCGACGCCCUGAUGGCAGAGUACAGGAGGCAGGAGGUUCGGGAGCCGGUGGAGGAGGCGCCCUCAGCCGGGGCGGAACCGAGAAGGAGGAGCUGGAAGGAGAGGCCCGAAACUGAGGGUCCCUGGAAACAAGCCGGUUUCACCGAAGCAAACCACGGCUCCAGUCCUGGCCCCGGCAAGCCGCCGGUGGAGACCCUGGGGGUAACCGCGAACUCCAAAUCCAGCCCUCCUCUGUGGGCUCCGCCGCUCUCGGCUCCUUCUGAAAGUUACCCGGGGGUCUCCUCAGGCCCCGCCGGUCCCAGAAGAAAAGCUUCAGGAAUCCCCGAGGACGACAGACAGGCCUUUGCUAGUAAACGUCAGGGUGCAAAGUGUCCGAGUCGCCCAGCCGAGCCCAAGCCCACGACCUGGGAGGACCUAGGCAGUGGGCCCAGCGUGUCGCCCAAGUCCUCCCCCCCCCACCAGAAGAAAGGGACCCCAAGGAGAUCCAUCAAGAGGGAGCAGGAGGGCAGUGGGGUCCAGCGGGGCGAUCAGCCCUAUGGCUGGGACAGGUCACCGCUGGACGUCAAGAGAGCCAAUUCGGAGAAGGGUCCCCCCGCCAGACUCCGGGAGGGCCUGUCCGUCAUGCAGGAAGCCAGAGACAGGAGGCGGGAGCGGCCCCAGGGGAGGUCCAGCCUCCCUGCAGACAGUUAUGAGGUCAAGGACACCAAAGUGGGGCCCUGUCGGCGAGAGUCGGAGACUCGAGAUGGUCAGAAGGUGCCACCACAGGACCCAGAGAGGGACGGUGCCCCGCAGGACAGCGAGUGGCCUCUCUGGCAGGCAUCCCCUGUGGCCCCGGGCCCCCGGAGGAGUCACAGUUUCUGCAAGGACAGGAAGAGCGGGCCCUUCGUGGACCAGCUGAAGCAAUGUUUCUCCAGGCGGCCCCCCGAGGCGAGGGACACCGACACCCUCGUGCAGGAAGCCGACAGCCAGUAUGGGACGUGGACGGACCAGCGCCAGAGUGGGGAGAGUCUGGCCCCUGAGUCCCCAUCCCCGGACAGCAGUGCCGUGUCAGCGCGGAAACAGCUGCCGGGCAGCCGCCUGUCUUCUCUGUCCUCCCAAACGGAGGCCACCUCGGCAGGGGACCAGCACAGCGGCUCCAGGGAGCAGCGCAGCACCAGCGUGGACCAGUCCAGCACCGACUUGGAAUCCACCGAUGGGACGGAGGGGCUGCCCGCGCCGGACGCCUGCCCUGCAAGGAGUGUGGACGACUUCUCCUUCAUAGAUCAAACCUCAGUUCUCGACUCAAGUGCCCUCAAGACCCGGGUGCAGCUGAGCAAGAGAAGCCGCCGCCGGGCUCCCAGCUCCCACUCGCUCCGGCGCAGCCGAGUUAGCCAGUCGGAGAGCCGGUCUCCUUUGGAGGCAGAGGCUGACAACGCAUGGAUGUUCAAGGACUCAACGGAAGAGAGAGCUCCCAGGAGGGAGGAGUCCGACGAGGAGGAGGAGAAGCCACACAGGGCUGAGAGGACCCCCGCGGGCCCCCCCCAGAGGAUGCCCGUGUUUCCAGGCAUGGACCCGGCCGUGCUGAAGGCUCAGCUGCACAAGAGGCCAGAGGCGGACAGCCCGGGCGAGACCCCAGGCUGGAGCCCGCAGCCCAAGACCCCCAAGUCCCCGUUCCAGCUGGGCAGCCGUGUGCUUCCCUCCAGCAUGGAGAAGGACGACAGGUCGGAAGAGCCCUCUCCCCAGUGGUUAAAGGAGCUGAAAUCCAAGAAGAGGCAAAGCCUGUAUGAGAACCAAGCUUGAGCAGGGGACACUGCCACGUCUAAUGAAUAGAAGCCUUAACUGUCGGAAUCCGAGGACGAAGCCACGCUGCUGCCACUUCUUCCUGCACAUGAUUACCUGCCUGGACCCCUCCAGUCGGGUGGAGAACACUGUGGGGGGCCCCCUGCCCCUCGGCAGGCUCGCUCCGGAUCAGGGUGGGAAGACCCACUCUCCAUAAGCACUUGCACAUCCCCCCAGGCAGCACUUCAGGCUGAGGAAGGAAACAAGUCUCCCCAGAACCGUCCAUGUUGGUGGUUUUGUGUUUUACAUACAAAUGUGCAUUUCUGCCCACCUGAGACUCCACUCCGGGAACAUGGGUUUGAGGCUGGACCGUCUCCCUGGGUUUUGGAAAAUCACCUGUAUUGUGAAAGCACUUCGUCCUCCAACACCCAGGCAGGUCUCCUUCAAGGGCAUAUUUCCAAGGAAGAAGAAACCAUCUGUUCCCUGCUGUAAUUGUGGUCCAAGGCAGUGUUACAGGGUUGGGGUUCUGAUUGAUUUUUUGGCGAGUUCUGUCUCCCUCCCUCUCAAAGAAUCAGCAGUUCCAAUUUCUUAAACAUACCCACCUUUCAAGAGUAUUAAUCCUAUCAGUGGGGCUGUGUCCUGUCUCAUUAUAUGUCUUUUUUUGUUUGCUUUAGAAGGCGUUAAAGCAAUAAUUCAGCCAAUUUUCUUUGAAAUUUGAUAUGUACAUAUGUUUUUUUACAUUAGGGAGCAGAAGGAAAGAUGUGUGAAGAGUUUGCUUGACAUAUUCGAUCAUCUCAGGUUAUCCUAUCCCUGUCCGUGCUUUGAAAACAGAUUCUAAUUGUCACCCUUUAUACCAAUUUUCUUGGUUUCUUUCCAUCUGAGCUGUGAUUUCUGUGGAGUGACCUUUGUCCCUUGGCCUCAAGUGUUCGUAAACUGGAGCCCAAAUGGCAGUGCCUUCCCACUCAAACACCAGACCUGCCCUGAGAAUCUUUUUCUCCAAUCGUUUUUGAACACCACUCGAACCGCCAGUACGGAAGAACUAUUCCAAAUAGGCCUUUGAACAAAUGCACAAAUGGGGUUCCUUUGUUUCUUCUCACCUCUUCCUUCUACCACUCCUCUGCUCACCCCCCCAACCCCACCAAGUACACCUGACCAAGUGCUUAUUUUAGGUGCAAACGCAGGAAGUGAGGGUCUUGCUGAAACUCUUCUCUGGACGAAAGUGCUAGAUGCUAAGUGACAAAGUAUAAGGUUCACCUUGCCUCUUUUUUUUUUUUUUUUCUUGCUAGCUCUGAGCUCAUUCCCAGGAAUCUCCAGGACCUCUGGGGAUCAUAGGCACUCUCUAUGCUGUGUUUCUUUUUGGAAAUUCUCAACACCAGCCUCUUCCACUUCUGAAACCCAUGGCUCCAGCAAACAUCCCAGUUGCCAUAAACUUUGUGCCAACCUUGCCUGGGCCAUUCAUAGGGCACCCUGUGACUGCUGAAGGGUGCCAGGACUGAGUUGCCUAAGGCUGUAUAUGGAAAGGAUGGGACACAUGUACCCCCACCCGCUGACUUCCCAAAAUGUGAAAAUCUUUCUUGAUAAAUCCAUUAUUUGCAAA